AUGGUAAGUAUUUGGGUUUUAUAAUCUAUUAUAUCAUAGUUGGUAUAAAUUUUUAUUUGCUUCUAAAAUUUUUGGAUCCGGUAAAAAGUAUUUUCACUUGAAAUAAACUUGGCACCUAUUUCAGACGAAUCCUCGUCUAGAUACGUCUCUAGACUUGAUGAGACGUCUCCCACCGCAGAAAUGUAGCAAACAUGUGACGGAUAUCAUUUCUCUUGCCCCCGAUCUUUGCAAUGACAUUCUUUCGAUGGUCGAUCAGCCUCUGCAAGUUGCCAAAGACAGAGACACCGGUCGGGAAUACCUUCUUUGUGAUUAUAACAGAGACAUGGACAGUUAUCGUUCCCCAUGGUCCAAUGUUUAUGAUCCUCCUCUAGAUGAGGCCACCUAUCCGCCAGAAGAGCUUAGGAAGAUGGAAGUAGAGGCCAAUGCCCUCUUCCAAGGAUAUGUAGAUAUGUAAGUCUAUUUCUUUUUGUUUACUUCUUGUUUUUAGGUAUUUUGAAGGUGGCGUUUCGAGUGUUUACUUCUGGGAAUUUGAUCAGAGUAUCGCUGGCGUGUUUUUGAUCAAGAAGAAGAAUGAAGGUCUCAAGGGGGUUAAUGGAUGCUGGGAUUCCAUCCACGUAAUCGAAUACAAGGUGUGUUUUUGUUUUAUUUUUUUUUAGAUUUUUUGUUUUUAAAGUAUGAUUCAUACAGUAUGUUUGAAAUUUAUAGCCACAAAAGCAUGUCAAGUACAAGUUGACCAGCACCGUGAUUCUGUGGCUUCAGACGGACAAUGAUGGUGUUGGAGAAAUGAGUGUGGGCGGCUCAAUGACACGACAAUCGGAGAUCGACGCAGUUGUUGAUGAUCACCAGUCUUCUCAUCUGGUGAAUAUUGGAAAGUUGAUAGAAGACAACGAGAACAAAAUGAGAUCUCUUUUAAAUGAUAUCUACUUUGGGAAGACGCGGGAGAUCGUUGGAUCCCUGAGAACGAUCGACUCGGCAACAGAAUUAGGACUCAAGGAGAAGCUGGCCGAAGAACUCCGCGAUGCCAUCCAACAGAACAACUCGAAAGAGAAAUGA